UUAACUGCUAAUACCGCCAAGGGGUUUAGGAGUUUAAUAUGUGCCAUAUGAUGUAAAGUUUAAAACGCCUUUCAACCAAAAAAUAUAAGUGAUUCAGUUUUUUACUGUAUUUUUUUACGGAGUUUUAUUCACGAUCUUUUCGGGAUGGAGGAAAGUGAUACGAGACAGACCUGUUUAAAAUUUAUAAGAGGCCUCAAAUCGAAAGGUGUACGAUUUCCAGAAUUUAAUUUGUUUCUUAACAUUUUACAAGAAGAAGCUAUCACAAGAGGAUUGGAUGAUGAUGUUCUCAGUAAACUGGCAAAUGUUAUUAUACACACAGAUUUACGUGCAGUUAAAUGGGUAUUAUUAAUAAGAUGUUUAAUUCCAAGAUAUAAAUUGCCCGAGGAAAUAGCAAAGUCUAUAAUUGCUUGGUGCUUAUCAUCAUUGGAUGAGCUACCACUCACUGUCUGUAUCAUUGUUAUACAAUGGGUUUUAGGUUUAUGGGAUUAUGAAUUAGUAGAUAGAAAAAUAAUUAAUAUAUAUUACGAUGUCUUCUUUCAUACAAUGUUCAAGAAAGAAAAACUGGUAAUAUAUGCCUUUUUUUACAUAUAUAAAUACAUAUCUUAUCUUAUUGCUAUUAGCAUAAAAUAUAUAUAUAUAAAAUAUGUUUUAAAACGUAUUCUUAGCCUAUUUAAGUCGUAUAAGCCAGAAUUAGUUCCUGAAAAGAUACAAUCAGUGAAUGUAGAAAGUGUGUGGAAACCUAUACCUGAAUUUAUACGAUUACCAUUGGAAGAUGCUAGAGAUCGAGUGGAGAUACAACAAUCUCGCCAAAGCACUCAAACUCAUUUUGAUUGGAAUGUGAUGCAGAAUGUGAAAGUUCAAAAAAGACGAAAGCCACUGUUGCCUUCUGUUGGUUAUUUUCACAUUGGUUCAAGUAUUUUUAAAGAUAAGGAUGCAAAAUCGAUUUUUGAUAUAAGCAGCAUAGAUGAAUUGGGAAAAUAUCAUCAAAAUGUUGAAUUGCCAUGUAAUGCUGUCUCACUCUUGGCAAAUAUGGCUGGUUACCAUCUUCUUACAUAUGCAGACUUUCAGUAUCAAAGCAGAUUUUCAUACAAUCUGUAUAAUACACUAACAAGAGCAUUUAUAUUGGAAAAUGGAAAAUUUUCCAAGGAAGAAAUGGAUAAAUUUCUUUCUAUGACAAUCGAAUUUUCUCGAUAUAUGCAGGAAGAAAUACUUGUAGUUAAACUGUUCUUCGAUGAAUAUUUAUAUUAUAAUACAGGAGAGUAUCUGCCACAGUUACUUAAUUUGUUGCAAUGGAUGACUUCUAUAUCAGUGGCUGAUUUACGAGAGAACAUUCUGAUACAUGUACAGAAUAUAUUUUAUGCAUCAAGUUUAUCUAUGAAAUGUGAAAUAAUUAAAUGCCUACAAAAACUAAUUACAAACUUGUUUGUUAAACAAGGACUUGAAGAACAAUAUCGGAAUGCAUCGUACUUUUUACAACAAGGUCCAUUAGAAGAUUUAGCAGAAAUUAUAUCCGUACUUACAACAGUAUCGGAAAAUCUUAUUGUUUAUGGAUUAAAUGUACACAAUUUUAAUGUUAUCUUUUUAUCAGAAGCAUUGGCAUUUUAUGAAGAGAUCUGUAUAUUGGAAAGCCGUAGUCACAUAUUAACGUGGACAUUGCCACCACCAGCAGUUAUCUAUGGAGCAUUUAUUGCAAAAAGUUGCGCUCUUUUGUCAAGAGUUUGUAGAUUAUUAUUAAGGUAUCGCCAAAUGAGAACGCGGUUGUACGAAAUCAUGCCAUCAGACAUGUAUCAGGAAAGGAUUCGUAUUAUAUCUACCUAUGCAAAUGAUAUUCAUAGAGCAUUAUGGUAUGAUGAGCCUUUUAGCGCCCGAAAAGAUGGUAUUCUUCUGAAGAAUCUCUCAAACAAAGUAAUUAAGGAUUUGGGAGAUUGUGAUUUAGAUAUUUUACUGAAUAUUGUUAACCAUUAUGCUGUGUUAUCCUACAGAUAUACAAUAAGUAAAACAGGCCUAAAUAUAAGUACAAAAGAGGAUGCUGUAACUAUGGCUUUAUAUUAUUAUCCUGCAGUAAAUGAAUUUCUUGCUGCAUUUAACGAGUGAUAUUAUAAAUUCUUGUAAAAAGGAAAAAAAUAUAUUGUAUUCUUUAUAAUUUAUACAUACACAUAAGAUUUUAAUGGAACAAAUUAGCAAUCACAAAGUAAGUAAAUGUCUAAAGAUAAUUAAAGAGCAUAUAUUAUUGAGAUGGCCUGAUCCAAAAUAUUUUAAUGAUAUAAGGACUUUAAAAAAGAUCGUCGAAUCGUCAAUCAAUGAUGAUUUCCAACGAGAAGGCGAUUAAUAACUAUUUGCAAACAACGAAAAAGAAGUAUACAUCAUUAUGAUAAGGUACAUAAUUGAGAACUUUCUUGCUAUAAUAAAAAUUUGUAAAAAGAUGUUAACUUGCUACAAUGUAUUGAUUAAAUCUAUUGUCAAAUUGCUGGCAUACUGCAAAUGUUUUACUUGCUAUAAUAAUACAAUUAUCAAUUAUACGCAUUGUAUUGUAAAAGAGAGAUACUAAUGCGUAUUAUUAUUCGAGUCUCUAUCAUAUCUAACAUAAUUAAAAAUUUAUAUUUGAAUAGAAGCUAUUCGAAAUAGUUUCUGAUAAUUCUUAUAAAAGAAAAAUAUCCAAUUUGUUAAAUUAUAAAUAAUUCAAAUAAGAAAAGGGAUAUUAUUAAGAUUUCUAAGGCUCCUCUCCAGGCUCUAAUUAUAACACGCAUGCAUAUAUAUAUAUAUAAAUUAAUAUUACCAAAUGUACAAGAAAUAUCUAUUUUUAAACAAAUUUUAUAAGGGUUAUAUCAACACACACAUAGAGUUUCUACUUUUGAUACAACUCUUUUUUUUCUUUUUUUUUUAAGUUCAAGGUAUUUCUUGAGCAUAAAUUGAUAAGUAUUAGAUGAAAGUGUGUAGAUAAAACCACAAACGCCGAUGCUAUAUUUUAAUAUAAAAGUUAAAUGUGUAGCAAAAGAAAACACAUUUCUAUGAGAUAAUCUCGGAAAUCAAAUAUAUGAUAAAAUUUAUUUUGCCAUUACACUUCGACAAUAUGUCUUAUCGUCCAACGUUUUUAUUCGCUUAAGUUUUAAUUUCUAUGAUUAGUAACGCAAAGAACAGUAUUUUGUGUCCAAUAAUGUAAACAAAAUGUACUAAUUUGUGUCACGUACUCAUUAGUGGAUCAAGUCUUACAUUUUCGGAUUGAAUACACUAUGGGCAGUGACUUUAGCUUAAAUCGUAAAAAAUUUGUUCAGUGUAAAAACAAUAUGUACAUUACGAAGAUUGUGACGAAACUCUGCUUCAACUAAUUUUAACGAAUGUAUAGACGUUAUGGCACGAACAGAUUAUUAAUCAUGAUCUAAUAAGUUUGCAAAAUAUCAGCCAUACCAUAUCGUAUUCUGUUAUACUUAAUGUGUGAUAAGGAUAUACUUAUAUGAUAGUCAUAUUAAACUUUUCACAUUAUUAAUAAAUUACAUAAAUCUUUGAUAAUUUUUUUCUAUAUAUAUUUUUAUGGAUCAGUAUAUUGCUUUUUCUCAAUUAAUUGCAUAUUGCAAAUAAAAGAUUAAAUUUUGUACAAGUGUGUAUAUAUGUAUAAUAUUGCGAAGUAUGUGAGAAAGAUAAUACACUUUAUGCUAUAUCUUCAAUUUAUGUAAUAUUUUGCACAAUGUAUUCAAUAUACAUAUUUAUAAAAAC